UGCAAUUUGCGUUUCAACAGUGACAGUGAAAAAUUCAAAAAUUUCGUGCAGCUCAGUUCGCGUACAGACGUUAGCUUUGAAGUGGUCAUUUGGGUUGUUUGACAAGUGUUCAGGUCGAAUUUCAGUAUCUAUGCCAUAAUAGUUAACACGAUUUUAAUUGGCUCCGAAUUGAAAAAAAAAAAAAAAUAUUUUCAAAAUAAAUAUAUUAAUUCUCCAAAAUGCCAAAAAUCGAUCCGGAAACUCAAAAAUUACACGAUGAGAUUAAUGGAAUGAUACAGAAAUUCAAGGACGACCAAAAGGCCAAAGCGGACUGUACAUGGCAGGAAAAAUGCGGGGAUAUGGGUGAUAUACCAAAAUUACGACUUGCCUCGAAAAAGAUACUAAAGGGACAUAUAAACAAGGUCAAUUCCGUACACUUUGCUGGCGAUUCGAGGCAUUGUGUUACUGGCUCACUGGACGGCAAGCUGAUUAUAUGGGAUACAUGGACGGCAAACAAAGUGCAGGUUAUUCCAUUACGUUCGGCUUGGGUUAUGACAGUGGCUUUCUCGCCAUCGGGUAAUUUCGUAGCUUGCGGUGGCAUGGAUAAUCAAUGCACAGUUUACGAUGUUAAUAAUCGUGAUGCUUCGGGUGUGGCCAAAAUGACGCGAGAACUUUUAGGUUAUGAAGGAUUUUUGAGUUCGUGCCGUUUCUUAGAUGAUGGCCAUUUAAUAACCGGUUCAGGUGAUAUGAAAAUUUGCCAUUGGGAUUUGGAGAAGGGUGUAAAGACAAUGGACUUUAAUGGUCAUGCUGGUGAUAUUGCUGGUUUAAGCUUGUCGCCCGAUAUGAAAACUUAUAUAACAGGUUCUGUGGAUAAGACAGCUAAAUUGUGGGAUGUACGUGAGGAUUCGUACAAACAGAUGUUCUUUGGUCAUGAAAUGGACGUGAAUUCUGUAUGCUAUCAUCCGAGUGGCUUUGGAUUCGCUUCUUGUUCGGAGGAUCAAACGGCGCGUUUGUACGAUAUUCGUUCGGACCAGCAAAUAGCCCAAUAUGAGCCGCCACAGAAAAAUACUGGUUUCACUUCUUGCGCGCUUUCCACAAGCGGCCGAUAUUUAAUGUGCUCUGGCAUUGAGGGCAAUAUUCAUGCUUGGGACACUGUUAAAGUCUCACACAAUGCUAUGCUACAGGGACAUGAAAAUCGUAUAACAUGUAUUGGCCUCUCGCCUAAUGGCAUGUGUCUAGCAUCCACCAGUUGGGAUCAACAAGUGCGCCUUUGGCUAUAAAUUCUAUGUUUUAACGAAGUUAAUAAAAAAAAAUCGAAAUAAUACAGUACAUACAUACUUAAAUUCUUAAGAACGCGUGUAAAAAUUAUACUAGUUAAUAUAUAAAUGCUCUGAAAUGAACUAAAAAGUUUGAAAUAAAUAUUACCAAUAUUGCACGUUUA